GCCGCCGCUGCCUGGUGCGCGGCACGGAGCGAACGAGCAGGUGAAACGGCUCCUCUGCCGGCGGGCUCCGUGCGCGCGAGAUAGCGGGAGCCAGGUUUCCCAAUGAGUGGAUCAUGAUGAACAUACUUUAGGGACUUGCCAUAGUAUGGCUGCUUCUCGAUCUACUCGUGUUACAAGAUCAACAGUGGGGUUAAAUGGUUUGGAUGAAAACUUUUGUGGUCGAACCUUAAGAAACCGUAGUAUCGCUCAUCCAGAAGAAUUAUCUCCUCAUUCUCAAGUACGAUCAAGAUCACCAAAGAAGAGACCAGAGUCUGUGCAAACUCAAAAGGGAAGUAAUAGUGGAAGAACUACUGACUUGAAACAGCAAAAUGCUAGGGAAUCAUGGGUGAGCCCUAGAAAGAGAGGACUGUCUACUUCUGAAAAAGAUAAUGUUGAGAAACAAAUUGUGGAAAAUUGUGAGAAAAGACAAGCAGAAUCUGUAUCACCAGUUUUAAAACGAAUUAAACGUUGCCUACGUUCAGAAGUAGCAAACAGUUCAGAAGAAGAUUUGCCUACUAAAGCAGAAAAGGAAUCAUUGGAGUGUAAGAGUUCCAUAUCGGACAAUGAUGCAGUCUCUGCAGGGACUAAACGAGCUUGUCGAUGUCUUAUACUGGAUGAUUGUGACAAAAGGGAAGUUAAAAAGGUGAAUGUCUGUGCGGAAGGGUUUAAUAAUUCUGCAAUAGUUGAAGAGCUCACAGGCUAUCAGGCUGUCAAUGGGGUUGAUGAGAGAGAGUCAGAUGCCCUAAACUGUGAUGAUUGUCAGCCUGGUGGGAACACUAAACAGAACAGUGCUGGUUCCUGUAUGCCCAAGGAGAAAACAGUAGCAGAAAAUGGGAAUUCAUUUGCCCAUUCUUCAUUGUUGCUUAAUAGCAGCAAGGAGGACAGUGUUAUAGACCAUUAUGUGCCUUGCACAAAUUCACCUGAACAGGUAAAGUUAGAGGACCACAAAAUAAGUGACUGCUUGCCUGCGGAACCUGUUCAUCAGGCAAAUGAGCCAGCUACAGGGUCCUUUUCUGAAAUCCAGUCAUCUUUCUUAAGGGAUUCUGAGGAGGAGGUAGAUGUGGUGGGAGAUAGCAGUGCCUCAAAGGAACAGUGUGCUGAAAACACCAACAGCAACCUGAACGCCGAUCAUGAUAGUACAUCAAUCUCAGGUGAACCUGAACCACCAUCUUCUGUGCUGGAAUGUGUUUCAGCUCAAAUUACAUCUAUGUCAGAACUUCAAGAACACAGAUAUACAUUGAGAACUUCACCACGAAGGGCUGCCCCUGCCAAAGGUAGCCCCACUAAAAAUAACUCGCCUUGUAGAGAAAAUGGGCAGGUUGAGGAAAAUAAUCUUAGUCUCACUGAAAAGAAUAUAGCUGCAAGUACUAAUAAUAUCCGUGGAUCUCCCAUAAACGCUAAAGAAAUUAUGCAGAGUGAAAAAGUGAGAGGUUGUGACUCUGGAGAUUAUGUGAGUGAUGGACUAAGUAAGCCACCCUCUGAGGCUCGGCUCAUUGCUGGAUAUAUAUCAUCUGCCAAAGAGAGUGCCAACCUGCACACUGCAGAAGAUGAUGAGGAAGAGCCUGAUGUGUAUUACUUUGAAUCAGAUCAUGUGGCAUUGAAACACAACAAAGAUUAUCAGAGACUGUUACAGACGAUUGCUGUACUCGAGGCUCAACGUACUCAAGCAGUUCAAGACCUUGAAAGUUUAGGCAGACACCAGAGAGAAGCACUGAAAAAUCCCAUUGGAUUUGUGGAAAGACUCCAAAAGAAGGUUGAUAUAGGGCUUCCAUAUCCUCAAAGAGUUGUCCAGUUGCCUGAGAUUGCCUGGGACCAAUAUACCACCAGCCUUGGAAACUUUGAGAGAGAAUUCAAAAACCGGAAACGUAACAGUAGGAGAGCGAAGCUGAUUUUUGACAAAGUAGGUUUGCCUGCAAGACCAAAAAGCCCUUUGGAUCCCAAGAAGGAUGGAGAGUCCAUUUCAUACUCGGUGUUGCCUUUAAGUGAUGGCCCAGAAGGUUCUACAAACAGCCGCCCACAGCAGAUGAUAAGAGGGCGACUUUGCGAUGAGACCAAACCCGAAACUUUUAACCAGCUGUGGACUGUAGAAGAACAGAAAAAACUUGAACAAUUACUCCUGAAGUACCCACCAGAGGAAGUAGAAUCCCGACGGUGGCAGAAGAUAGCUGAUGAACUGGGAAAUCGAACUGCAAAACAGGUUGCCAGCAGGGUGCAAAAGUAUUUCAUAAAACUGACUAAAGCUGGCAUUCCGGUACCAGGCAGAACUCCAAACUUAUAUUUAUACUCCAAAAAGUCAUCAAGCAGGCGACAGCACCCCCUAAAUAAACAUCUCUUCAAACCUUCAACUUUCAUGACAUCCCAUGAACCUCCAGUUUAUAUGGAUGAGGAUGAUGACAGAUCCAGUUUUCAGAGCCAUAUGGAUGCUGCAGCAGAAGAGGAAGUAUCGGAUGAGGAAAGUAUCCCGAUAUUGUAUCGAGAGUUACCUGAAUACAAAGAAUUGCUAGAGUUAAAAAAGUUGAAGAAGCAAAAACUCCAGCAGAUGCAUGCAGAAAGUGGAUUUGUGCAGCAUGUGGGCUUCAAGUGUGACAACUGCGGAACGGAACCCAUUCAAGGCAUUCGGUGGCACUGCCAGGAUUGCCCGCAAGAAAUGUCCUUGGAUUUCUGUGAUUCUUGUUCUGACUGUCUACAUGAAACAGAGAUUCACAAGGAAGAUCACCAGUUACAGCCUAUUUACAGAGCAGAGACAUUCUUAGAUAGAGACUACUGCAUGUCCCAAGGCACCAGUUACAAUUAUCUUGACCCAAACUACUUUCCAGCAAAUAGAUGACAUGGGAAGCAGACUUACAACCUCGGGCUUACUAUCCUCUUUGAAAAGUAACAAUGGCAUCAUUGUUAAUUCCGUGCACACUUUGGAAAGACUCUGCUUUCCCUGAAAUGUCACUCACAGCAUGACAGCUUCCUGGGUGUACUCGUCAAACUACAGCUCUGAACUGUCACGGUUCUUGAUCACUGAACAGCAGCUGAACAUUCCUAGUGUGCAGAAGGUUUCACUGGGAGAUUUUCCUUUUACCACCUUAGUCAUUUUUAGGUGGUGAAUCUAAAACAAAACAAAAAAGAAAGGAAAAAAAAUACAGAAAGGUGAGCCAGAAAUGAGAGCACGCAUUUAAAGAUACAAUAAAUUCCAAAGGCUUUGAAGAACUUGGUUAUGAGAUCCAGAGAAGAUGAAGUAUUUAUAUAAAAACAGUUUAGUAGCUUGCAGUUUUGUUGUGAAAUAGUUUUCAGCACAGAAACUGACUUCUUUAGGCAAGGUUUUAACCAAUGACAGUGUUUGCUUCUAGGAUAUACUCUAAAAAAUACUCACUGUUCCAGUGAUGGUUGGUUACAGGUCUUUAUUAAAUUGGAGCUGCUUAAUCACAUUGACUUCUAAUUUUUUGUUUUUUUGUUUUUACCACAAUGAACUCUAUUACCAACAGUGAAGCACUACAGGGAGCAACUGUUGCAUUGCUUCCUUAACCAGCUCAUGGUUUGUGAAUGUUAUAAAAUUGUCACUCAGAUAUAUUUUUUAAAUGUAAUGUUAUAUAAGAUGAUCAUGUGAUGUGUACAAAAUAUGGUGAAAAGUGCCAGUGGUAGUAACUGUGUAAAGUCUCUAAUACUCAACAUUAACUCCUUUAAAAUAAAGUACACAGCCUUCUGCCUCUGUAUUUGGAGUUGUUAGUGCAACUCAUCAAAGAAAACUGCCUAAUAUAAAUCAUAUAUAUGGUAAUAAUUUUCCUCUUUUGUAGUCUGCACAAGAUCCAUGAAAGAUUGUAUUUUUAUUACUAUUUAAACAAGUGAUUAAAUUUAGCCUGAGCAGUGAGCAAAGGUUCACAUGCAUUCUUUUAUACUGCUGGAUUUUGUUGUGCAUCAUUUAAAACAUUUUGUAUGUUUCUUCUUAUCUGUGUAUACAGUAUGUUCUUAAAUAAUGUUCAAUUGUCAGGAGAACUGUGAGAAAUAAACUAUGUGGAUACACUCUGUUUAUAUAUAGAAUGCUUACUGUGAUUUCCUUUCUGGGUAGAAAUUAACUUUUUAACCAACAUUAACAAUAGAAAAUAGUACAUUUUAGUAGGUCACAUGAAUACGUAAAAGGCCCAUAUCUGCAUUGGCUCAGCACUUGGCACUGCUGUUGACUUCAGUGGGAACUGAACGGACACUGCACCUAAUAGAAUGUGCUCAGCCUCUUGCAGGAUAAGAGCCUUAGUUUUCUCAUAUCUUGUUCACAAAUUGGGUUGGUUUCUUUUCAGACUGAAGA